UCUCCCUCCCUCCCUCCCUCCCUCCCUCUCUCCCUCCCUCCUUCAGUCACUCAUAGACACUCGAACACACGCACACGCACACGCAUACACCCAGACAUCUUCUGGCUGCUAUUGGAUUGACUUUGAAGGUUGUGUGUGGUUCGCCGAAGCUGCACGUUGAAUCAGGUGGAGAAAAAUUUUAAAGGCUGGACGAAGCAAAAGAUCAUUAUUAUUACUAUUUUUUUUCCUUCAAGAAAAGAAAAUAUUCCAAGGACUAGUCUGAUCGUGUCUUCCUUCAUCAGGAACGAAUGCAGGGAUCUGUGAAUUGAGUAGUGCAAGUGCUGAAGAGGGAGGUUUGUUUGGAGGAAACGGGAAAGAGAAAGAAAAGGAAAGGAAAAAAUACAUAAUUUUAGGAACGAGAGAGAGAAGAAAAACGGGGACUAUGGGGAGAAAAAAGAUUCAGAUCACGAGGAUUAUGGAUGAACGUAACAGACAGGUGACAUUUACAAAGAGGAAAUUUGGGUUAAUGAAGAAGGCUUAUGAGCUGAGCGUUCUAUGUGACUGUGAGAUUGCGCUAAUCAUCUUUAACAGCACCAACAAACUGUUCCAGUAUGCCAGCACGGAUAUGGACAAAGUGUUGCUGAAAUACACAGAGUACAAUGAGCCACAUGAGAGCCGAACAAAUUCAGAUAUUGUUGAGACGUUGAGAAAGAAGGGACUUAAUGGUUGUGACAGUCCAGACCCUGAUGCAGACGAUUCAGCAUUGAACAAGAAAGAAAACAAAGGCUGUGAAAGCCCCGAUCCUGACUCCUCUUAUGCACUCACCCCACGCACUGAAGAAAAAUACAAAAAAAUUAAUGAAGAGUUUGAUAAUAUGAUCAAGAGUCAUAAAAUUCCUGCUGUUCCACCACCCAACUUUGAGAUGCCAGUUUCUAUCCCAGUGUCCAAUCACAACAGUUUGGUAUAUAGUAAUCCAGUCAGCUCACUGGGCAACCCCAACCUUUUGCCACUGGCUCACCCUUCUUUGCAGAGAAAUAGUAUGUCUCCUGGAGUGACACAUCGGCCUCCAAGUGCAGGUAACACAGGUGGUCUGAUGGGCGGGGACCUCACAACCGGUGCAGGCACCAGUGCAGGGAAUGGGUAUGGUAACCCACGAAACUCACCAGGUUUGCUGGUCUCACCUGGAAACUUGAAUAAGAAUAUGCAAGCAAAGUCUCCACCACCGAUGAAUCUGGGAAUGAACAACCGUAAACCAGAUCUCCGAGUCCUUAUUCCACCAGGCAGCAAGAAUGCAAUGCCAUCAGUGAAUCAAAGGAUAAAUAACUCCCAGUCUGCUCAGUCAUUGGCCACCCCGGUGGUUUCCGUAGCAACUCCUACUUUACCAGGGCAAGGAAUGGGAGGGUAUCCAUCAGCCAUUUCAACAACAUAUGGUACUGAGUACUCACUGAGUAGUGCAGAUUUAUCAUCUCUCUCUGGGUUUAAUACAGCCAGUGCUCUUCAUCUUGGUUCAGUAACUGGCUGGCAACAGCAACACCUACAUAACAUGCCACCAUCUGCCCUCAGCCAAUUGGGAGCUUGCACUAGCACUCACUUAUCUCAGAGUACAAAUCUCUCCCUGCCUUCUACUCAAAGCCUCAACAUCAAGUCAGAACCUGUUUCUCCUCCUAGAGACCGUACCACCACCCCCUCGAGAUACCCACAGCAUACGCGCCACGAGGCGGGGAGAUCUCCUGUUGACAGCUUGAGCAGCUGUAGCAGCUCGUAUGAUGGGAGCGACCGAGAGGAUCAUCGGAAUGAAUUCCACUCCCCCAUUGGACUCACCAGACCUUCGCCGGACGAAAGGGAAAGUCCCUCAGUCAAGCGCAUGCGGCUCUCUGAAGGAUGGGCAACAUGAUCAAAUUAUUACCUACUAGUUUUUUUUUUUUCCUUGCAGUGUGUGUGUGCUAUACCUUAAUGGGGAAUGGGGGGUCGAUAUGCAUUAUAUGUGCCGUGUGUGGACAAAAAAAGUCAGGUACUCUGUUUUGUAAAAGUACUUUUAAAUUGCCUCAGUGAUACAGUAUAAAGGUAAACAGAAAUGCUGAGAUAGGCUUAGCACUUGAGUUGUACAACAGAACACUUGUACAAAAUAGAUUUUAAGGCUAACUUCUUUUCACUGUUGUGCUCCUUUGCAAAAUGUAUGUUACAAUAGAUAGUGUCAUGUUGCAGGUUCAACGUUAUUUACAUGUAAAUAGACAAAAGGAAACAUUUGCCAGAAGUGGCAGAUCUUUACUGAGAGAGAAAGCAGCUGUUAUGCAACAUAUAGAAAAUGUAUAGAUGUUUUGACAGACCCAGCAAUGGGUGGCCACUGGUAAAUGUUAGAAACAGAAGAGGUCACCUAACAUAGCAAUGAUGCUCACAAACAUUCAGGCAUAUCAUUGGAGUAUGGCACUCAGUUAAAAGGAUCAAGGACAUUUCAAAGAGGACCAUACUUAUAAAAAAUGUGGAGUUUGAGGGCUAACGUAUUUAAUUUUUAAAAAUUCUGGGUCUGCAUCACUUAUUAAAUAAAAAUAUAAAAAUAUGUACAUUACAUUUUGCUUAUUUUCAUAUAAAAAGUAAGACAGAGUUUGCAAAGCAUUUGUGGCUUUUUGUAGUUUACUUAAGCCAAAAUGUGUUUUUUUUUCUUGAUAGCUUCGCUAAUAUUUUAAACAGUCCUGAAAAAAGCAAAAGGGACUUUUUGUAUAGAAAGCACUACCCUAAGCCAUGAAGAACUCCAUGCUUUGCUAACCAAGAUAACUGUUUUCUCUUUGUAGAAGUUUUGUUUUUGAAAUGUGUAUUUCUAAUUAUAUAAAAUAUUAAGAAUCUUUUAAAAAAUCUGUGAAAUUAACAUGCUUGUGUAUAGCUUUCUAAUAUAUAAUAAUUAUGGUAAUAGCAGAAGUUUUUUGUUAUCUUAAUAGUGGGAGGGGGGUAUAUUUGUGCAGUUGCACAUUUAAGUAACUAUUUUCUUUCAGUUUUCUUUUACUCUGCAUACAUUUUACAAAAUCAAAAUCAGUUGUUAAAAGGAUAAACCUGUGGGGUUAGAUUUACCACAUCAUAAUAACCUAAGUCAUUUUAAAAACUAAAUUUGAAAUCUAUUGGGCGAAUGGACAUCCAUUGUAUAUAUUAAUUAGUUCUUUCGGUUUUGAAUUUUUUGGGUUUUUUUGCAUUUUACCAAAUGCAGGGCCCCUUUUCUGAUCUUAGGUAUACCCCUGUGCAUCUUGGAAUUCAAUAAGUACGUAUCGCAAUUUGAUCUUUAUGCUAAGUCACCUGGUUGGUAUUCAGCCCACUAUAAUUUGAUAUAGUAUUUGGUUUUUAAAAUCUGCCUGGAAUGGGCUAUGAGUGGUUAUAAGUUACAUCCUGAAAAUAUGUCAGAAAAAAAUGUGAUUGAUGUGGAGGUAAUGCAGCGAAUAAAUUAUAUUCACCCAUAUUUAAACAAAAUAUGAAGAAACUUGAUGCUACAGAAAAAAACAAAGAAGCAGGUACCCAGUAUUGUAUUAUUUUAACUUGUACUCAACAAACCUCAUUGGUAUCAUAAGACUGUUGAGCUAGCCCAGUGUAUCAGGCAACCCCAAAAAUGUCACUUCUGCAUAAGGCAUGUAUGUCAUAUUUUUUCCUUCAAUAAAGAGAAUUAAUAGUCAUUACAAGAAAACCCAUUUAAGAUCCUCUAUGUCCCUUUUCGUUCAAAAAAACAAUGACUUAUUGAACAUUUGUCUCUGGGGAUUAUUUUCUGGGUCGUUCCCCUUUAAGAAGUUAGUGCCAUAAGAAAUGCUUAUAUUUCUUCUCCAAAAGUAGUUUCAGUUUUUGAAGGAAUAUAGGAACAAUUUCCUUCUCAUGAUAUGUGGAGAUCCAGUUUCAUCUCCCAAUCAGAUGCAUUGACACUAGCAGCAAAUAUAUAUACAUAUAUAUGGGUGUGUGUAUGUGUAUAUAUACAUAUAUGCAUAUACAUAUACAUAUACACAAAAGUCAUGCAGUCAGCACAAACAAAUCCAAUUGAGUUAGGCCAUGCUAAGACCCAUUCCCCAUCAACUUGCAUAGUUUCUGUGUAUUUCUCAUCAUAAAAGGCUGCCGCUGGGUGGCAGAAGCCAAGAGAUUUUACUCACUGGACUCUAUUUUCCUAACUUUAUCUUCGAUUUCCAAUUAGUUCUCUGGUUUGUGCCUGACUAGGAUGCCAGUCUGCCUUGUACUCUUAUUUUGUAUACUCUAAGCAGAAUACAAUUCAGCUAAUUCACACAUCCUAUUUGAUAAGAUGACCAUGGAACAUGGAAAGAAAGAUAUUUAUGCAGAGGAAAAGCAGAACUGGAUCCCUGACCUAUUAAAUGCAAACACACAUAGACACACACGAUAUUCAAAGCCACUCUCCUAACCUUAAGCAUGAUCCCAUUCUUAGAGUCUCUUGCUGAGAUUUUUAACUUGACGUGUAUAAAAUAUGCAAAUAUGUCACAAAUGUGCUUUGUCAUUUCAAAACACUUUGGGUUUAUCAGAAUUGUUAGUAGAAACUUGUCAGUGGGUGGGGAGGGGGUCAGUCUAUGAAAAUACGAAGAAUAGCCAUAUUAUUAGUUUACCUUGCAAUUUGCCUCAGCAACACAGGAAAAAAGCAAAAGUGAGUUUCUGAGGGGGUGGUUGUUUAAAGUAAGCUAAAGAACCAGCAGAAGCCGGGGUGAGGAUGAAGCCUCGGCUAUUUAUAGCAGUUCUGACAAUGGUUUUAUAAGAACAUUUAAAAGAAUAGAAUCACUUGAAAAUGGAUGCCAGUCACCUCUUGUUCCCACCACUGAAUUCAUCUGACGUGGUGGCAAGACAGUGAAGGGAUAAUCUGAGAAUUUUUAAAAGAUGAUUGAAUGAGAAGAAGCACAACUUUGAAUAUGAUGAGUCACUUUCUGUCAACAAUAACUGUCUCUCUUUUUUACCCUUGUACCUUUCUCUGUAAUUUACCAUUUAUUGUAUUUGCAAAGCUAAUUUUGUUUUUUUUUCCACAGAGAUUCCUUUGUAUGUAAGGAGUUUGGGGCAGAGCCCUGAGGGAGUAUUACUUUACAGAACCCAAGCUGCAGAAACCAUUUUUUUUUAGGCAACACUCUUCAUUGCAAGUUAAAAUACCCCAAAGUGGCAUUUUGUUCACUCAUAAGGAUUGCAAUCACUAAUCCUUAUUUUAAGAGAUUUUCGGUAACAUCAUUAAACUGAAUUAUUGGUGACAAUGAUAUGAUAUACAUAAGCUGCACAACCUGUAUAUUGUAUGCAUUGGUGCCUUUCAUUUUGAGGGUGUUCAUUUCAACAUUUUUGAAAGUUCAGUUUUAUAGCAAAAAGGCAUAUUUUUCCCAAAGGCAGAAUCUAACUGUUUUGUAAUAAUGAAUAUGAAAAUACCUGUCAUCCUCAGAUCAUUUUCAGGUUAACUAAAGUGAGAAUUUUUAAAAUAAUGAUGCCAAUUCUCCCUUAACAAGAAUGUCAGCCCUCUUGUACCUGGACAUGUUUAUUUUAUCUUUCCUACCCAAGUCUUUAACUUAGGUGUAGAGGUUGGGUUUUCGGGGGUUUUUUUGUUUUUGUUUUGUUUUUUUGCCCCUUUCUUCUUGUGUUUCCUUCAGAAAGUAAAUGCUUUGUAUUUCUUUUUUUAAGCCACUUGAAACCUCAAUAAAGGCUGUUGCCUAAACAUGGAAUACUUCAUCUGUUCCUGUUUGUGCCAUCUGCUGUGAUGUCGUCACUUAUAUGGCGUUAAUUUCCUGCCACUACAGAUCUUUUGAAGGACUGAUGGGAUAUUGGUAUAUGUUAGAAUGCUUCAGAUUGUAGAUGUAAUAAGAGGCUUUUGUUAAUAUGUUUUAACCAAAGAUGUGGAGCAAUCCAAGCUUUUAGCCACAUACCGUCUGCAUCAAAUUUGUCCAUUUGGGUUAUUUUUAUAAUCGGGUGUUACAUUUUGCCUUCCCUGUGCAUACCUCAAAUUGAUCCAUACCUCACUUUGAUUCAGAGAGGUCAACAAAAUGACAGAUUUUUUUCACUCUAAAUGCUAGUACCUGUAUUCUCUUAGAGUAGAGCAGAAAUGGGUCACUGUAGGCAUAGUACUUGGAUUGCUUCAGAUGGUUUGCUGUAUCCUUUUUUUCUUCUUUUUUUUUUUCUGGGGACUUGUUUCCAUUAAAUGACAGUAAUUCAAAAGUAGCUUGUAAAUGAGGGCAUACAAGCAUUUGCAACAAAUAUUAAAAUAGAGGCUCACAGCGGCAUAAGCUGGACUUUGUCGCCACUAGAUGACAAGAUGUUCUAACUAAGUUAAACCACAUCUGUGUAUCUCAAGGGACUUAAUUCAGCUGUCUGUAGUGAACAAAAGUGGGAAAUUUUCCAAAGUUUCUCCUGCUGGAAAUAAGGUAUAAUUUGUAUUUUGCAGACAAUUCAGUAAAGUUACUGGCUUUCUUAGUGA